AUGACUUCGCUCUCGCAGUACGCGUCACGCUUCCUCUCCUCGGGUCUCGCCACCUCAACUCGUCCAGGCGUGGGUGCUGACCAGGACGCCAACGAUCAUAGUGAUCCGCUCUUCUACAGCCACGCUUCCGUCUCAGGCGCCCCUUUUUCGCACCCCGCCAACCGUCACACCCCGUACGGCCCUGAGUAUAGCCUGUCCAGUUCCGACGGCCUUCCAACACCGCCGGCUUAUCCUAGAUCGGGCGGUCAGAGCGGUAUCUUGCACGGCCUUACCGGUGCCAGUCGCUUUGGGCCUGCCUCUUUCCUCGCAUCCGGUCGCGGCAGGGCGGCAGGCGGCACAGGACAUGGCAUCCGUGACUCCCUCAUCCGCGAGAUCGAUGACGAAGACGAUGUCGAUCUUUGGCGCGACGAUCGACGCAUGCCAGGUCUGGCUUCCCGCCUUGCAGAAAGCUCGCGUUCCGAAGAUCUUACAGACAGCUUGGAUGGCUCAGCAAAUCCACUUCCAGCGCCACAAAGGGCUGCCGCGGCGCACCCUAGUGGGUCUGCGAAAGCAGUCAAGGUGGCACGCCAGAAUGCAGCCAACGACGCGCAGGAUCCUUUCCUUGCUGACGGAGACCUCGAUGAUGGUGAAAGCCAGCAUAGCCUUGCAAGCACCAAAGAGCAUCGCGUCUCAGACGACCAAUCCGUCUUCUCGUCUACUGCGGACAGACAACCUUAUGCGCCAAGCGAAAGUUCAAAGGCUAGCACGGCCGCUCAAAAUCAACGUCGAGAAGCCGCUAGAGCACGAGGCUGGCUUGCACACGGAUCUACCAUUGAUACAGACCGGCCUCUUGCACGCGAUUCGCAUCGCUACGAUCCCCCGUCUUCUGGCAUCUACGCGCAGACCGGGCGCAGGUCCAACAGCCAGCUCCAAGAUUCCUCCAUCUACUGUCAAACUUCUCGGGUCGACAAGGCGCGUGUCAAAGCAUCGCGCCGCGAUCGUAGUCGAGACGAAGGCCUGUUCAGUAUUUACGAUGAACGCGAAGAGGACGACGGCGAUGACCGUUCCAACAUGUCUCGUUCCAGAUCUGGCUCGGUCUCGGCCUCGUCGGUCACAGAGUCCGAGUACGAUACCGAGGGCGAGGGUCGUCGCAUGCGACGCAGUCGUCGCGGCUCGCGAAAUCGCGCCCGCCAAAUGACUUCGACUCUGCGCGAGCCUCUGCUGCCGUCUGGCUCGGGCAGCGCUCGGCCUCUCAGAAUUGCCGUGCAGCAUAGCUCCGAUAUGGACUCGGACGGCUCCGACCUCGACGCACGAUCUCAUCGCACUGACCGACAAUCUCAGCAACGCCAGUCCAGCCGUGGGCGUGGUGGCAGAUCAAGCGCUUACAAGCGUGAGGAGGAAAGCAUCGACGAGAUCCAUCUGUAUCCCGCGCCCCCUGCCAGAGCUGGGUGGGGACCGUGGGCCAACCGCCUCGCCUUUGGCAAGUAUCGAGACAAGACGGCCAUCGCCAGCUUUGCUGCCGCCAUUUGUGCCACGAUCCUGAUCGGCGCCUACCUGAGCUGGGGUGCCCGCACCCCAUCCCAGCCCAAGACGCCCAAGACGCGCCCGUCUUCCUACUACACCAUCACGCGUUCCCUGCCCAUCUUGAUCCUGCUUACCUUGCUCUCUUUCGCUGCGGGUGUCGGCAACCUCCUGCUGCUCCGCAACCUUGGUCGCUUUGGCGGCGCCAAAGUAUUGCGCACUGGUCUGAUGGGUGUACCCAUCGUGCUUGGCCUCGGUUGGGCGUGGGCCUUUGCGGGAAGCUUCAUCUACGACGAUGAGGCGUGGUCGGGCGGCGGCUGGAGCACCACCGGUCUGCGUAUCAUCUCGAUCGUGCCCUUGGCGCUUGCAAUCAUCUUCGCCCGCAUGGUGUGGCACCGUCGCAAAGCACUCUCGCGAUCCAUUGCCGUUCUCGAGCUAUCGUGCAACGUGGUGCUACAACAUCCCGCGCUGCUGGUGCUGGCUCUGGCGUCGCUAGGUGUCUUUGCUCUCGUGACCGUCCCUUUCCUCUUCCUCUUCACGCGACUCUUCCUCGUGGGGCACUUCGGUCGACAGGUUGGCGACUCGAUGGAAUGGCAGACCGACGCAAAGGCCGCGUGGCUCGCUUGGGCAACACUGUGCGCUUGGCUGUGGACCUGGGCCGUGUUGCGCGGCGUCCAGCGCGUCACAGUGGCUGGUGUGGUCAGUCACUGGUACUUUCACCGCAUCGGCGAGGGAGAAGCUGCGGGUGGUGAGGCACAAGCUGGAGCAGCAACUUCGGCCGAAAGGCACGCAGGGCCAAGUGUUGCCGGCGAUACGCGAGCGCAGUCGUUCGACAGGCGACGCGCAGAUGAGCAGCACGCAAAUGAAGUAAUUUUCGAUGGCGACUCGAUCUACGACGAAGCACCUGGAGCUCCUGGCUCAUAUCCGCAGCAUGGAGCUCACAGCUCAGCGCAGCAUCGGUAUGCAGCCCCCGACCCGAACGAAGUGGUGCGCGUCUCGUUUUCCAGGGCGACUGGACCAGCUCUAGGCUCGAUCUGCAUGUCGGCGUUGAUCUUGGCCAUCGUCAAGACGUUGACUGUGGUUGCAGAGACGGCCCGCCGCAUCUCGGACGCUACAACGCAGCGCAGGGUGCCUAAACUUCUGCAGCCCCUGACGCACGUUGUUGUAGUGCUAGCUGGCCUGGGAGCUGUACUUCAGAGCUACAGCGACCUGGCGCUGGUCUAUGUCGGUGUGACGGGCGAUGGCUUUUGGACCGCUGCCAAGAAGAGUGCGCAACUUGUGAGCAGGGGAGGUAUGCAAGGUGUCAUGGAAGGCCUCGUGAUCAAUCUGGUCUUGGACCUGACCGCCAUCGCGCUGUCCUUCCUCGCUGGGCUGGUUGGGUUUUUGUUUUCGGCGCACCAACUGCAUGUGCCUGCGGAUGCUCCGCUGGUGGGUCUGCUGUGCGGUCUGCUCCCCUACUGGACUCUACGACUGUGUGCCGACGUUCUCAGCAAUGCCUCGGAUACGCUCUACCUCUGCUACGCUAUCGACCAUGCAUCCAACGAUGAGCACUGCCCCAAAGCCGCCGAGGCUUUCACUGCAAAGCCAUCCGACGUCUCUGAUUCCAUUCUUCCAUUUUGA